AUGGCAGCGGCGGCAGAGGACUGGGCAGGAUUGCCUCAUGAUCUCCUUGUUCUGAUUGCAAAGCAUGUUAAAGUGAUGGAAGAUUUCAUUGCUUUCAGUGGUGUUUGUACCUCAUGGCGAACUGCUUCUACUAAGGACAAUUUUGAUAUGCUUUAUCCCCAACUUCCUUUACUAAUGCUCCCUGAUAAAGAUGACGAUUAUCGAGAAUUUUACUCUCUUUCCAAAGGUAAAGUUUCGCGUAGAUUGUACCUCCCUGAGGCUAAAGGCCGAGAAUGUUUCCCGUCUGAUCAGAUGGGAUGGCUUCUCACCCAAUCAUUAGACGGAAAAGAGGUCAGUUUGUUGAAUCCUUUCUCACGUACCCAAAUUCAACUUCCAAAUCAAUUUGCCUUAAGUGGUUUUCUAGGUUUAGAAGAAGAGGAGGAGGAGGAAGAAGAAGAAGAAAAGGAAUAUCGUUACAUCAGAAACGCUAUUUUAUCUGCCAAUCCAUCGUUUACAUCAGAUUAUGUACUCGUCAUUGCAUAUAACACAGAUGUUAAUCAUUUGGCUUUUUGGCGACCUGGAGAUAUUAAUUGGACUGAAUUUGAAAUUGUUUAUAGAAUCGGUGGAGUCUCCAAUAUGAUUUACUACAAGAGCAGAUUCUAUCUUGUUUCUUGGAGCGCUGAAAUAGGUAUCAUUGAUGUUCAAGACGGUCCUGAACCACGCGUAGAAUCGCGCUUGAUUUAUCUUAACGAUAAUCGGGACUUGUUUUCACAAGGUGAUGUUCAAUACUAUCUUGUUGAGGUAAAUGAUGCACUAUUACUUGUUGUCCGAUUUGGUAGAAAGCGUCCAAAUAUUGAAGAUGGCCUGGACACUUUUAAAUGUGAAGUAUAUGAAUUAGAUGCAAUAGAAGGUAAGUUGAAAGAGAUUAACGACUUGGGAGAUUCAACUAUUUUUUUGGGUCUCAAUGGAGCAACUUCCAUUGAUUCCCCUAAAUUUACCGGAGUUAAGCCUAAUCAUAUAUAUUUUACUGACGAUUGGUUUGAAGAGAACUACUUUUUGGAAUGUGGCGGUGGAACAGACACAGGGGCUUACAAUCUUGAAGAUGGAAGUAUUGAAUCUUUUUAUCCUGAAUUAUCACUAAGUCGUCCUUGUCCGCCAACUUGGGUUAUACCAUCAUUAUGA